CGCGAGGGGUGUGCGCGCGGGGGGCGGAGCGGGGCUCGCCCCUCGCCGGCGCCCGCCGCCCCGCCGGUGAUCGCUCUCCAGCCGUCUCCAGCACCCUCGGCUCCGCACGGCCGUUGGUCCGGGCGGGGGAGGGAGAAAGUGAGACUCGGUGUCAUCACCAUCCAUUGUCAGGAGGGGAGGAAAUUGGAAUCCAGCAGCGGCGAGCAGCAGCUGGGCGGUCACAUCUGGGAAUGCACAGCCGACCUCCCCCUCCUCCUCCUCCACCGCCUCCUCCUCUCUCACCCAGGAUCACUUCCGAAAUCACUUCGUCUUCAGCCCCUGCCUCGGCCAGAGGGAUUUAUUUAAUGGGGAUGUGUUCAAGGCAAGAGCGAAUUCAGAAGGAUAUCGACGUCGUGAUCCAGAAGUCCAGAGCAGAGAAGGACUGCCUGUUUGCAGAUUUCAGAUACUCAGACUCCACCUUUACUUUCACCUACCUUGGCGGCCCCAGAAGUGUAUCCUAUUCAGUGCAUGUAUCUGAAGAUUACCCAGAUAAUACAUAUGUGUCAAGUUCAGAAAAUGAUGAAGAUGUAUUAGUUACUACAGAGCCAAUUCCAGUAAUUUUUCAUCGAAUAGCAACAGAAUUAAGAAAGACAAAUGACAUUAACUGUUGCUUAUCCAUAAAGUCCAAAUUACAGAGGGAAAAUGGGGAGGAGUCAAGACAAAAUAGUACAGUGGAAGAAGAUUCUGAAGGUGAUAAUGAUUCUGAAGAAUUUUAUUAUGGAGGACAGGUAAACUAUGACGGGGAACUGCACAAGCACCCACAGCUCGAAGCUGAUUUAUCGGCCGUGAGGGACAUCUACGGGCCACAUGCAGUUUCUCUCAGGGAAUAUGGAGCUAUUGAUGAUGUAGAUAUUGAUCUGCACAUUGAUGUUAGCUUUCUUGAUGAGGAGAUUGCUGUGGCUUGGGAAGUGAUUCGAACAGAGCCUAUAAUUGUCCGACUACACUGUUCACUUACACAAUAUUUAAAUGGCCCAGUGCCCACUGUUGAUGUCUUUCAGAUUUCCACAAAAGAGCGCUUUGGAUUGGGACAUCAGCUGAAAAAAAUCAUGCAGACAUUUGUUACACAGCAGUGGAAACAGAGCAAAGAAAAAUCCAAUUGCCUGCACAGUAAGAAGCUGUCGGAGAAGAAGGUGAAGUCCCCCCUGCAUCUAUUUUCUACGUUGCGCAGGUCGCCAAGUUAUCCUCCCCCUGGUUGUGGGAAAAGCAAAUCCAAACUGAAAUCUGAGCAAGAUGGAAUCUCCAAAACGCAUAAGCUGCUGCGGAGGACUUGUUCCAGCACGGUCAAGACCGAUGACGUGUGCACCGCAAAGUCACACAGGACCUUUGGUCGCUCCCUGUCCAGCGACCCCAGGGCUGAGCAGGCAGUGACGACCAUUAAGUCGCACAAACUCUUGACCCGUCCCUGCUCGGCAACUGUCAAGCAAGAGGACUGCCUCAGCCUCAAGUCACAUAAACUAUUGACUCGAUCUUGUUCUGGAGAUCCGCGCUGUGAGCACAACGCCAACCUGAAGCCCCACAAACUGUUAAGCAGGUCUUACUCCAGUAAUCUCAGAAUGGAGGAAUUGUAUGGACUGAAAAACCACAAGUUGCUCAGCAAGUCUUACUCCAGUGCCCCCAAGUCAUCCAAAACGGAGCCUUUCAAGGAACCUAAUGCAGAGGGCAGGAGGCUCUCUCUUACCUCAGGGCUUAUUGGAAUUCUAACACCAUCUUCAUCUUCAUCUUCCCAGCCUGCUCCAAAUGGUGCCAAAUGCAUCCCAAUACGUGACCGCGGCUUCCUGGUGCAGACAAUUGAGUUUGCUGAGCAGCGGAUCCCUGUGUUGAACGAAUACUGUGUGGUCUGUGAUGAGCCGCAUGUGUUUCAGAACGGCCCCAUGCUCAGGCCUACUGUGUGUGAACGAGAGCUGUGUGUAUUUGCUUUUCAAACCCUGGGAGUAAUGAAUGAGGCUGCUGAUGAAAUAGCAACUGGAGCUCAGGUGGUAGAUCUCCUAGUGUCCAUGUGUAGGUCUGCGUUGGAAUCUCCUAGAAAAGUCGUCAUUUUUGAGCCAUAUCCUUCUGUGGUAGAUCCUAACGAUCCUCAGAUGCUGGCCUUCAACCCCAGGAAGAAGAACUAUGAUCGUGUAAUGAAAGCACUGGAUAGCAUAACUUCCAUUAGAGAAAUGACACAAGCACCCUAUCUGGAAAUCAAGAAGCAGAUGGAUAAACAAGACCCCCUUGCUCAUCCCCUGCUGCAAUGGGUUAUUUCAAGUAAUAGGUCACAUAUUGUGAAACUGCCAGUUAACAGGCAAUUGAAGUUUAUGCAUACUCCACAUCAGUUCCUUCUUCUCAGCAGUCCACCAGCCAAAGAAUCCAAUUUUAGAGCUGCUAAAAAACUCUUUGGAAGCACCUUUGCAUUUCAUGGCUCACACAUUGAAAACUGGCACUCCAUCCUGAGGAACGGUCUGGUUGUUGCUUCUAAUACAAGACUGCAGCUCCACGGUGCAAUGUAUGGAAGUGGAAUCUAUCUUAGUCCAAUGUCAAGCAUAUCAUUUGGUUACUCAGGGAUGAACAAGAAGCAGAAGGUGUCAGCCAAGGAUGAGCCAGCGUCAAGCAGUAAAAGCAGCAGUGCCUCUCAGUCACAGAAAAAAGGACAGCAAUCUCAGUUCCUGCAAAGCCGUAACUUAAAAUGCAUAGCCUUAUGUGAAGUGAUCACCUCACCUGACCUGCACAAACAUGGAGAGAUUUGGGUUGUCCCGAAUACUGAUCAUGUCUGCACACGAUUCUUUUUUGUCUAUGAAGAUGGCCAAGUGGGAGAUGCAAAUAUUAACACACAAGAAGGAGGCAUUCACAAAGAGAUCCUUCGAGUAAUUGGUAAUCAAACUGCUACUGGUUAAAGGACCACCGUUUAAUUAACAUGAUUUGAAAGCCUUCCUCGCGUUCAAAGCUGGAUUUUGAACUGAAGAAGAUGAUAAAAUAAUUUAUUGUUAUUAUAAACAAAAUUAACCCUUUGAAUACUGAUUUUUUUCUUAGUAUUUCUAAGUAUCUCAUUAAAUACCUAAAAUGGUAUAAAAUUUAUCAAUUGUAGGGUUAUGGAAUCUAGUAAUAAAAUUACAACAGCACUUAAACUGAAGUUUGGGUUGCUCACACAAUAAACAGAUUGAAAAAACAGUUUUGUGCUGAUAUUUUUAUAUUAAACUCUUUAAUUGGAAAUUUGGUAUUAUAUACCGACAUUUUAGGAUACCAAAAUAGAAUUGAGAACAUUUUAUAAUGGCAUCUAAAUCUGUAAGAUACUUUGCAAUAAGUAUAAUGUUUGCACUUUCUGAUGUGCUAUAUAAUUAGUGGUAUGAACAUUUGAAUAUUUUGGGGAGGGAUGUUUCCUAUUCUGUUAUUUUUCCUUAUACAAAAACAGUUAGGUCUUAGAUGCAGUGCUUUGCCCAAAAGUAUGUAAUACACAUAUCUAAAGAUUCAAGCAUCAAAAUAUGUGAUGGUGCAUAUAUGUGUGUACAUACACAUAUACGUAUGUUGACAGCAGAGAUGGCACAGCUCCACAAUGCUAUUCUUAUUCAAUGAAAAGAAAAUAAUAUUCAGUAAGCAGUAAAUCUGGACGUAAACCAAGAUAUGAGCCAAAUUUACCAUAAUUCACUCACUGAAAAUAUUUGUGGACAGUUUUUCUAUUUGUUUAAAGAAUUUUUCCCUUCAGUUAAAAUGCAACUCUUUUUAUAAUGUUAUCUAAAAGUCAUAAAAUUUGGGGAACAUAGAUACCCCUGGUGGACUAAAUCUAUAUUCAAGUAAUCAUAUGUUGAAAAGAAAGGCCUCAGAAUUUAAACAAACCGUAUAUAUUUUUUAUUUCCUACAAUGGAACAUUUUUAAAAUUUAUUUAUACCACACCAGCAUUUUUAUAUUUUUUCAUCUAAUACCUCUGCUUAUUUUUUUUCGUAUUGAGAAAGAAGACAAACUUUGAAGUUUCUUUUAUAUUAAAAGAACACAAAUAAGUUUAUAGAGAACAAGAACACCAGCUCUCAGCAUUCUCCUUCCAAAAGUCAUGUGCUCAUCAAAAUCAUUUCUGUUUCUUUGGGUCCUAAAGUUCUUAUUCAUCACAAGUUUUAAUUGACAGUGUUUAUUUUCCUACGUGAUGUCUUCGAAAGAAGGCCAUUCAUGAGAGCAGUUUAAUUAGUGAGUUUGCCACUCUAUUCAAACCCUGAAUCAAGGCUCAUAUCUGAUUCUAAUUUAUUUGGAAAGAAAAAUAUAAAAGUGUAUAGUGAUUUGCAAAUAUAAUGUUAUAACUUCUGUGUUUAUUUCCUUUGGCAUAAAAGGUGAGAAAAAGAGGUCAGACACAUUGUUAAGAGUUGCUAUUUGGGAAAUAUUUACUAAUAGUUUGUUUUCUUAUGUGGUAAGUAAUUGAUAUGCCACAUAUUUCUGCAAAAAUAGACUUGAAGUGGUUGGAAUAUUAAUCAUUGUGAUAGGAUCCGCUUAAAACAUUGAUCUGUUUUGACUUGUGCCUCUGAACUCAAAGGCAGACUGAGGGAUAAUAUUGACACGAUAGGGCCAAGAUGUAGUAUCUUAUUUAGUGUUCUGUGACCAGAUAUUUGAAGACUUUACGUGGGCAAGAGGACUACUUUCUUCUUUCUGCCGAGUCUCCCAGAUUCCUUUGACUGUGUUUUAAAAACAUGUUUAACCAACAGAAUUAUUUUUUCAAAUUAAAUUUGGGGAACAUUCUAUAUAUGACAUAGAUAUGAAGAUGUAAUAGCAUUAUUUGGAAAUUGAGGGCUUGGAACCCCAGCUGUUUGGCUAUUAGGACCACUGAGGCACCUCUGAAGACUCUCUAUAGUGCCUCCAAGUGUAAUUUAAAACCACUGACCUAAUCCACUACGACUUGACUUAACAGUUAAAUAAUGUAAAGAGUAUAGUAUUAGAAUCUGAACUGGAAGGGUAACGUGGAGGACUCAAGGAAGUUGAUCUGUCUGAACUGGAAGGGUAACGUGGAGGGCUCAAGGAAGUUGAUCUGUCAUCAGAGCAAGGAAAGUAGUGGAUAGUUUUAAUGUCUACUAUAUAUUACAAGCAGUAGACAUCUUUUAUGAUAAAAUAAGAUGUCUUCUAAUGAUAACUACUCGAAUGCUAUUGCAAUACAGAAUGACAUUUUAAGUUUGUUUCAAAAAAUUGUGUCAGAACCUUUGUAAGCAAAUAUUUUCAUUGAGCUUUUGAUAUUGGAAAAUGAUAGUAUGCUGAUGCUUAUCUUUAUUUCUAAAGAAUCUAAUUUCAAUAGACACUACUAUUAAAUGAAUAUCAUGCUUCCAGAAUCCAAGAAGGUCCUUAAAAUUUAGAAGUUUAAACAUCAUUAUCAUGCCUUGAUUCAGUCACCCCAUUAAGGUAUUAUCUAUUGACUUAUUUGAUGCUUCCAAACAUGUGAUAUUGUAUGUAUUUAUAUAAUCGUUUGAAGUAUGUUCACUGAUGCUUUGUAAUAGUUAUAUUAAUUGUGUAGCCAUUACUACUUAAUAUUAAUCCACGGAGCAAAGGCAAUCAUUUAUUUUCAUUCUUGAAGUAGAGAAAGAAAAACCUAAUUUGUUAGUCCUACUUUUUCCUGCAUUACUGUCUUUGUAAAAUUUCACUAUGAAUAAUUUGUCCUCUUUUGUUGUCCACUGUAUUAAAAAAGGGAAGAAAAUGGUUGAACAGAGAAAAAAGUAAUAAUAUACAUAGAACAUAGUGCUAUAGCAUACAUUAUGGUAAGGUACUUUGGGUGUCUUAGAUUGCGUUAUGUGGAAGUGAUUUUUAUUUUUGUUGCUCAGCAGAUCUCAGUGAAGUGUUGGAUUUGAAGGUGGUUUUUAAAUUUAAAAUUUAAAUAUAAGAGUGUCACAUCCUUAAACUUGCUAUCAAAUAUUAUGUGAUAUGAGAAACCAACCCAAACCAUUGUUAGUGCUCUGAAUAUUUCUCAUUGAAAAAUUUAAGAGUUUAGAAAAGAAAUCCCUCAAUUAUUCUCCCCUUUGCUAAAAGAAAAGAAACCUUUAAUGUGCAAGUCUAUAAAUCUUUAAUAUCACUGAAUGGGUUUUAGCAGUACUUGAUACCAUAAUACCAUAACUUGCCUUGGGGCGUGGAGUUUCAGAAAAUUUUAAGGAAAAACUCAUCAUCCUUGUUAAAGUCUCGAUGACUCCAUCAGAUAGUAAUUUAACAUGUCAUGAAGGGCCAACUCAGCCUUGGACCAUCUACCAUCCAAAUAUAUAGAUUUCAUGGUGACACUUGACGCAUACUUUAAAAAUAUUAUGAUGUUCUUCUAUUGUCCUGCUGAAUUCUUCAUUAUAGCACUACCUCAAGACAAAUGAUAGACUGUAUGUUAAGGUAAAUUGGGUUUCCAGUAUAAGAAACAAAUAAAAUCUCACACAUAGAAGUCAUCAGAUAAUUCAACAGUCUGGAUGUACAUAUUGUCAGUUACCUCUUGACAAUGCGUUAAUACAGAUGUUUCAGUCACUGGUGUUGAAUGACAUAGUUGACACCCAAUGAGUUAUGUGAAAGCGUUUCAAGUUGCAAAAUUUGAAAAUAAUUAGUUCCUUUUAAGAUUGGUUUUCUACAUGGGUCAAUUUUAUGUCGUUUCACCUAAAGACACAAACAGUUGCCCACUCUAAACAGUUAAAGGAUUAAAAUACCCAACUGCUAUGCCAGAAUGGCAGACUGAAUAUUCAAGUAUUUUGGUAUUGAAUGCCUGCUAAAUUUUUGCCAGAUUCUAUAUAAAUUUGAUGUAUAUUAUUACUCAGUAAAUUUUUCUUGGGGAUUUUCUAUACGCUAUGAUAUAUUAGGAUAAGUUUUUGUAGGUCAAAAGAAUUUCAAGUAGUUUUUAGACAAAACAUAUCCAUGAGUGUGAAAAAGCUGUGUUGAAGAAUAGAUUACAUUACACAUUUACCAGCUAGUCAGUAAAAAAUAGUGCUUAUUUACAUAGUCAACAUAAUUUAAUGUUCUAAAAAUAAUUUCUUCAACCCACCCAAUAUUUAAUGUAUCAUUUGAGAUUUUAAAAAACGCAGCCACUCCUUUAUGUAAACAUUAAGAUAUGCCUAUGUUUCUUUAACUAUACAGCCUUCUUUACAAUAAACUUCUUGACUUUUGUGCACAGAAUAGUAUUGCAACCUGCUAUUUAGCCUUUGGUGCCUUAGAGUUACUAUAAAUAUCUAACAAUAUGUACAUUAUGUAAAUACUGCCAAGAGAUCACUAAGGCCAAAUAUUUUCUCUAUUCACUUUUUAUUGCACUUGCUUUCUAUUGCUACUUAAGCCUCUUUUAUCCAGCUUUGUAAUAGUUCUAACAUUGUAGCCAAUGUAAAUGUUUACUUUCAAUAAAUCUG